UGGCGCUUGCGCGGGGGAGCUCGUCGGCCGUCCGUCCGUCUGUCCGUCGCUGUACGGGACGACACGCGCGCGCCGCCGCCGCCGCCGGGACACCGCUAGACGGCGCCCGGUCCCCCGCCGUACUGAACAACGCUCGCCGCUCUGCAUCGCGCCUAGGAGCAGCGCACGCCGGCGACGUCGCUUCUCCGCUCGAUCUCUCGAUCAAUCCGCUGGGUCGCCGCCGCCGCCGUAUAUAACCGCGUAUCGCAAGCCGCCGGCGGAGCUCUCAGUAGCACGUUAACCGUUGCCGUCGCUGCCGCCGUCGCAGCAGCAGCAGCAGCAGCAGCAGCAGUAGCGCCGCGCCGUGCCACCACGUCGUUAUUACGCCGCCGCUCCGCCCGCACACGGACGUGGAAACGGAGACAAGUAGAUGACCAUACCUACCACGUAUAUUAUACACGUAUAAUACAACCAGGAAAAUGGAUCUGACAGAACAAUUAGACUUCGCAAUCACUUCUCCACGCUCCUCGGCAAUUGGCAGACGACGACGACGACGAACGACUUAGACGACUCAAAUACUAAUAAGCUUUGACGACAAAAUAUAAGUUUAACGAGGUGUUAUUUGAUUUAUAAGAAAUUUUUUUUCGUAAAACGUGCUCAAUUUUUUGUUUAACUCGAAAUACGUCUGCCGUAUAAUUUAUAGUAAUAAUAAUAAUUAAUAAGCGAACGAAUCGAAAUUUUAAAAACCUCGACGAAAAUGCAAAUAACACGCGGUCGGCCGGUAAGGCGAGAGGGCGGCGACGGCCUCGCGUCAUGAUGAGCUGAUGGAUGACGACGGACCGGCAGCGGUGGACGACGCGGCGGCGGCGAUCGAACAGCAGUUGGAGCAGCAGCAGCGUGAAGAGGCGGAGAGGAAGCGGCUGGAGGAGCUCCGGGAGCGGGUGCUAUUCUACCUGACCACGUUCUUCAUACUGCUGGGCAUCGUCAGCCUGUUCGUGUUUCUGUUCCUGGUGCCGUUCCUCAUCGAGCCGGCCAUCACGACAUUAUUAAUGGAGUUCGACGAGACGCCGACCACGUGCGUGACCGCCUACUCACAGAUCCGUGAGGGUGCAUCCAACUGCUCGCUGCCGGGUGGUUGGGCGUCGUGCCGGGAGGGCUGCACCCGAGAGAUAUAUGAGUGCGCGCAGAUAUUCGUCAACUACACCGUACCUAAAGACCGGGCGGGAGACUUGAACGCCCGGAACCGGCGGUCGCUGCUCGUCCGUGGCUACCGGCCAAUCGAGCCCGAGCCGGCUGCUGGGUGGGCGUAUUCCCUGGCCCGCAUAUACCCCAAUGUCAAGGGGUGCGGUUACCCGCCGCACCUGAACUGCACCGAGUUCCGGAACCGGUAUUUCGAGGUGGGCGCCAGCUACCCGUGCUACUACAGCCACGUCGAACCAUGGGUGGUCAUCACCGAACUGGACUUAGCCAAGAGCACUAGACAACUGGUGUACUCGAUGGUUUUCCCCAUUCCGUGUUUCGUCGUGUCCGUCGUGUACGUAGCGCUCGCGUAUUUCUGCGUGUAUGCUGGCCGGCACCGCAAGCCCAAGGUCAAGCGCCGCGUCGUCCGGCGGAUGGUUGGCGGCGGCGGCGUGACCGGAAGCGGAGCGGGCUACGGUGCUGGUGGUUCCGCGUCUCGGGCCAAGUCUGGGGGUUCGGAGGCCACGCCGCUAACUAACAACAGCGGCGCAGCUGCCGCGCCUUUUUCGCCCACCGGAACCGGGACACCCGGCAGCGAACCGUUGUACCGCCGACGAGGUGACGAGAACGAAGACGACGACACGUCCGGAACGUACUACGGCGAUCAGCUCAGGUCCACGUUGGCCGUGGACGACUCCGCCGCCGACUACGUGAAUGCGCUCCGUCUGUCCGAACACACGCUCAGACAAUCAGACUCUAACGAACCGUCCAGAGGCGAGUGGUCCGACGCCGACGGCGACUGCGACGACGACGAUUGCGAAGCGAGCGUGUGCGAUAGCAGCCUCGAACAGUCCAGAAAAACUGUCUCCGCUACCGCCUCUACCGCACCGUUUCCAACCAAUUCCACCGGAAACUUGACCAAGACGAUGACGACGUGUAUCUUAACUCCUCCUGGGCCGACGGCGGAAGUCUGAAAAGAAAUCUGCAUCACAUCGAUAACAUUUCCUGGAAGCCCACCAAAUGAUUUAAUAUAAUACGCGACACUAUUUAAUAGUAUUAUAAUAAUUUCCGAUCCGUAUCGCGCGGACUGUUUUCAUUUUUCUAUAAUAAUACCUUAACGCGUUUACAAUAUAAUAUUGUUAUAUAUAGAUAACGUUUGAUUAAAUUUUCACUCAGAUUAAAAUAUAGUGGUUUUCCGCUGCAAGUUUAAAUUAUGAUUAUAUAUAUUUACUACAUUAAUUUGUCUGCAGUACCAUUAGCAAUCAUAUAGGAUAUCAGUAAUCUAGGUCAAUAUAUAUUAUGUAUCCGGUAUAGGUACCCGGUACCGCUGACAACACGAUCGCGAUUCAGGAAGCCAGUGUUUCAGAGUCCUCACAAUAUAUUGUCAUAAUUUACACAGCUUUAGUAUCCGACCGAUCGUCUUUUAUUCGACCAGUAUGUGAGUUGUGUGGGUGCCACUGUGCGUGUCUAUUAAUGAAAACCAUUCGACGAUUGGAUUCGGUUAAUCGUUAGGUGUAAUAUUAUAUUAUUAUGCACAAAGUCCAGACGUCUUAGUGGCGUCUUGGAAACGUUUGAAAUCAGUUUUUUAGACACGUUUUAGUUAUAUUAAAAAAAAAAAUUAAAUCGCUUUGUGUAUACAUAUAAUAAUAUUAUUCACUGCAAGAAUCCGUGCAAAGCCAAAGCUUUUUUUCGUACUAAAGAAAUAUAAUAUUGACUUUGAUAUCGCGGAGUGAAGAAAAACAUUCUAUUUAAAUUUGCAGGAAAACUUUCCGAAAGCCCGUACGGUCUUCGAACUUCUUUAAGUUUAUGUGUAUAAUUUUUUCGUGGAAUUUGGCGCUCGCGUUUCUCACGAACGGGUACGAUAUAUACAGGACGAGCAGCAGGGUUUUCCCGUUUCAACUACGCUUCAUAAUAUCAACGUUAUAAGAGCAUGGGAAAACAUCGCUCGGUGACCCGCCCUGUAUAUACAAGUGGCUAUAGUGGCGUGUUUAUAUCAUCAUCACAUACGUAUUGUCCGUUAAAUUUGGUACAAUAGUAAUUUGUAAUAAUAACAACAACACUACUAUUGGUACAUCUACACCAACAAUAAUAUUAUUAUAAAUGAUAAAGGUAAACCAAACUAUACGAGGGGUUGUAUUGAUAAUAUUAUUAUUAUUGUAUAGUGGCUGGUGGCUUUUGUUUCGUCUAUCUACGUACAUAGGUACUAUACGUAACCCGGACACGCAGUGAUUGACAUGCAUGAUACAUAUAAUUGCAGUAAUCAUCACAAGUCGUUGGAAUCAGUACGCGACCCUAUUGUCGAUGCUCAAUAUUAUAUGACGUUAAAUCGUAGGCGUACAUAAUAUGAUGAGAAUAGGUAUGCGUGCUCGGUAGGAAUUUGCCGAAAUCUCUGUCGAGUCUCUCCAAAUCAAAUCAUCAUUGAGGUACCUACACAGGCACUAUACAUUUAUAUUUUUUUCUGCAAUUUGAAAAGUGAACCCAAUAGUCUUGUUUUUCUACGAGACAGAUACCAAUUCCAAUAGUUUAGAGUACCUAUGAUCCAGCCUAAAUGUUCUAAAUUUAAUUAUCGAAAAAAUAACGGCUGCGGCCCUAUUUCACUUAAACUAAAAUACAUAUUAUAUUGAUGGACACAAAUACACAAUAUAACGAUCAGUUUUGUUUUGGUUUUGACGGGUAUGUAGUGAGGUGCGGAAGCAUGGCCGUCCACAUUUUUUUUGCCUACAUUUUAGAAAAAUGGUAAAACAGUAUAGUCGUUUGCAGAUGCGUGGCUCUUAUAAAACUCUUGUAUUCCUGUACAGUUGUUUAUCAGAAAUUAUUACAUUUUCGUUUCGUACAGUAUAACUUACACUUACUCGUAUCAUGAUGAUCAUUAUCGUUCACCGGUAGGGUUUUCAUCCCCAGUAUAGUAGUCGACCAUUCGAGAAACAAAAUAUGUUGUAGGUCGCGUCGCUACCCUAGCAGAAAAUAUAUGUCUGGCCACCCCCGCAGUGCAGUAUGCAUGAUGUUCAUUAUAUUAUGACGUGUGACGGCUACAGCGGUGUACUAUUUAGCUGUCGAAUAAUAAUAAUAAUAACAAUUAUUAUUAUUUUUGUAUAAAUGGCCGAAUAUAAAACGCGAUUUCAACUCUGCGUUCAUCGAUGAAUUAUUGAUUAUAAGUAGCUGAUAUCUCUAACUAGACGUGCUAGCGGGGGGUUUUUAUAGCCGUAAAAUGCCAUUUAGUGCAUAGUGGUGGGUGCCAUUUUAUAUUUUAACUUAUUCAAUAGAAAUUAUUAUUGUUGUUAUUGUUCUUGCAUACGCAUAAUUGAGCUCAGAUAAAUGUGUACUUUGUAAUGGUAUUAUACCUCUGUGGCGUAGCCAGGAUUUUUUUCGGGGGGGGUGAUAAACUUUUACACUUUUACACAUUAUAUACGUACUACCACAGAUAGAUAGCUGAAAAGUGUUAAUACUUAUAGUACAUUUUUAAAUAUUUUAAAUACAAUUUAAGACUUUUUGAGUGACUAUCAUAAACCAUUAAUAUAGUUUUUUAAUUUUCGUAACAUUUGGGAAGGGGGCUGCAGCCCUCACAGUCCCUCCCCUGGCUACGCCACUGUUAUACCUGCAGAACACCGAUAUAACAAUAUUAAAUAAUAACCGCUUGAAAUGCACCGCUUUUACAGGACGAUGAAAUAUUGGCUAAAAUACUAUUAUUAUUAUUUAAUUACUUUACAUUUUUAAAAACUAAAUCUAUUAUAAUAUACUUAAAUAUCAUUUCCAAAAAGACUGAUACGUGCUAUUCGUUGUAGAUAUAAUAAUAUUAUUGUGACGUGUUUAAUAUUAAAUGAUGAGUAGUCGUAAGAUCUCAAAUUAUUAUUAAUAUUAUUAUUAUUUUUAAAAAUUUUAAUCACGUUUCCUAUAUUAUAUAAUAUAAAUACAUGUAUAUAUAUAUAUAUCAUAAAUGAUGAUACAUAAUAUAUAAUGUAUUUACUUCUAAUUAAUUGUCUUUCUUAUUUAUUAAUUAUUUAUUUAUAGAUGUUAAUUACAAUACAAUCGAACUAAAUAUAAUAUUUAUUGUUACAUUUACAUGUUGUAAUGAUGUGACCAGCUCCUUAUGAUACAUAUUAUAUGUGUACGGGUAGAUUUAAAUAACAUUUUUUUGUAAUAUUUAGGUAAUUUUAAUUGUAAAGUACAGACUUCCUAAUUUUAGAUGGUCUUUUAGUAUGUAAGUUUUUCUUUUACUGUUCGUUCAAUGUUUAAAUUAAAUUUACGCAUUUUUAUAUAGGCCUAGAUUUUUUAGGCAAUUUUUUGAGAGCGUUUUAUUUUUUAUACUUACUAUAUUCAAUCCUAACAUUAAUAUUGUAAAGAAGAAACAAAUUUUAUGAAUAUAUUUUUCAUUGUUCUCUAGUACAAUAAUAGAGUGUUUCAUUUUUUGAGUCUAUUUUUUUGCACUUUCAUUGUUCACGUUUACUAUUACAAUUAUUUUAUCGUAACAAAGAUAUAUUCAUAAUAAUUACUUCGAAAUUUUUUUUGCUUACAUUGUUACAUGAAUGUUAUUUUUAGAAAGAGCACGCGGGAAAUGUGACCAUCACUUUUAUGUGAUACACUAUAUUAUAAUAUAAUAUUUAACGAUUAUUAUUAUUAUUAUUAUUAUUAUCAUCAUCAUUGAUGUGAAACAAUUUACGAAAAAAAUUAUUAUUAUGUUGGAAAUAAAAGAAUGGCUUUAUUAUUAA